AUGGACCACACAGUACUACAUGAAUCGGAUGGCACAUCUGAUAUUGAUGAACAGACCAAGACCUGGGAAUCUGAUCCGCGUUCUAUAACUACGCACUUCGCCGACGAUGACGCGAAUGACUCCAAUGCGAUGAUCGAAUGUGGCAUCGGCCACCGUGUUCAGGCCAGUCGGUCUGUCCUAGCGCUAGUCUUAGACGAUGACUGCGUGUUUGCUGGUCUUCAGGGCGGAGACAUUGUAGCAUGGUCCCUCCAGACAUACGAGCUCGUACUCUCGGUGCAUGCUCAUCAGGAAAGCGUUCUAGAUCUUCAUCUCUCCGAAGACAAAGAGUUGCUCUUUUCUAGCGGCGGAGAUUCAGUCGUCAAUGUUUGGUCGACGAGGACCUUCGAUCGCCUAUACUCUAUUCACUCCCACCAUGAUGUAGGCGAUAUUUUCGCAGUCGCCUACUCGUCAACUCUGAAGACUAUCUAUUGUGCUGGUCAAAAUACUAGCAUCCAGUGGUGUGAUAUCUCACAAGCUGAUGCGGCUGCCACACAAUUGUCAGCGGCUCACCUGUCGAGGAGGACCCAUAGGUUCUUUGAUUCUCGGGGUCCUGAUGGUACUCGUGCUCCGAGACCGGAUGCGGGAGCGGACGGAAGCCAUUUGGUCACACAGGGUGGUCAAGUUCUCACCUUCAAACGUGAUCACCAUAGGAUAUUUUCCCACCAUGGCUAUGUAUACACGAUGCUUCUUGUCCGAGGGCUGGUUGAGUCGGUACCCUCCGAGGAAGUACUCAUCACCGGUGCUGGGGAUGGCGUCGUCAAACUUUGGCGUCUGAACCAGGACAAUUCCAACGCGGCGCCGACCCAGAUGGCAAAGCUGCAAAAUGGCGACCCAGUACUCUCCAUCGCGGUUGAUGGGUCAUUUCUCUACUGUGGCCUCGCAGGUGGCGCAUUAAACAUCUGGAACCUAGAUUCUCAUCAGCUUGUUAAACGCAUCACUAGGCACACCGGCGAUCUAUGGGCGGUAGAUAUUAUCCAUGGGGUAGCUGUGUGUGGUGACUCAAAUGGAAUUGUCAAGAAAUUCAAUUCUCGAUUUGAAGAGGUUGGCAGCUGGACCGCUCAUGAGGGAACAAUGCUCGCGUCGGCCGCUGGUCGGCAUAGAGACCGAUUUAUUUACGCUUCAGGAGGAAAUGACAAUACUGUUGGUAUCUGGGAUUUGACAGACGUAUCCCUAAAGCAGAACGAACUACCUCCUAUCAACAAUGAUGAAAUGGUUAACUGCCUUGCUAAGUUUGUCGCUUUCAAGACAGUUUCAGCUAGCCCCAAAUUCGCGGGCGAAUGCAAUCAAGGUGCAGCAUUUUUGCGAAGACACUGCGUUUACCUGGGAGCUAAAACGAAGCUUCUGACCACCGGGAAAGACACGAACCCAAUUGUUUACGCACGGUUCAACGCAACAUCCUCGGAGAAGAUUGACAAAACUAUUCUGUUCUACGGGCACUACGAUGUCGUUGGGGCUGAUGCCAACAUUGCCAAGUGGAAAACGGAUCCCUACCAGCUUACUUCGAUGGAUGGUUUCCUAUACGGCCGCGGUGUAUCCGAUAACAAGGGCCCCAUCCUAGCUGCUUUAUAUGCGGCUGCGGAUCUUGCACGCCAAAAAGCGCUCCGAUGCAACGUUGCUUUCCUCAUCGAAGGUGAGGAAGAAUCGGGCUCCCAGGGCUUCCAUGAAACUGUUCGACAACACAAGGAGCAGAUUGGUUCGGUCGACUACAUCCUGCUUGCCAACAGUUACUGGUUGGAUGACUACAACCCCUGCUUGACCUAUGGACAACGUGGUGUCGUCCAUGCGAACCUGAUUGUGACUAGCGACCACCCCGACCUUCAUAGCGGUAUUGAUGGAAGCGCAUUGCUAGAUGAACCGCUCAAGGACCUUACCUUGCUGAUCGGCACUCUGGUGGGGCCUAAGGGCCGCAUUAAUCUCCCUGACUUCCGAGACCGAGUCUUGCCUCUCCCCGAGGCCGAGAAGCAGCGAUACGCGGAUAUUGCGCAGAUUCUUCUGCAACAACACCCUGAGAUUACCGAUCGCGAUGCUUUGAUUGACUCACUUAUGCAUCGUUGGAGGGAGCCAGCCCUUACCAUCCACUCCAUCGAGGUACCGGGCAAUAGCAAGAGCACGACGACAACCAUUUCACGCCGGGCGAAAGCCAGUGUAUCCAUCCGUCUGGUGCCAAACCAGGAAGCAGACGAUGUUGCAGCAAGUCUGACGAUGUAUGCGCAGGAACAAUUUGAUCUCCUAGAAUCGCAAAACGACCUAACUGUUGAGAUCACGGGUAAAUCCGAUCCCUGGUUAGGUGACCCAGACAACGAGAUGUUCGAGACUCUUGCGGAGGCUAUCACAGCAGCAUGGACGCCAGACACACAGGGCCAGAAACAUCAAUAUCCUCCAGCCCAGCGGAACCUACAAGACCGAACGGUCAGCAAGCUAUCCAAGGAGCCAGGUUCUCGACUUACUCGGAAAGAUUCUUCAGACAGUCUUGCUUCCCAUAUCGAUCGUAUUAUCAUGUCGUCGACCACAUCUUCAGCAAGGAAGGCCGAGACACGUCAACGCAGCUCACUCAGCACGGGUGUACCCACUUCCUCGACACUGACUAGCAAAUCAAGCCCCGCAGUUGUGUCGGGUGAUUCCACCAGAGAAACAUCUCCAGCACCUCAGGGAGAAACGCCUCCCCGUCCCGAACCGGUACCCGGGCCGUCCGGCGUCCGUCCUAUAUAUAUCCGCGAAGGAGGAUCUAUUCCAACAAUCCGUUUCCUGGAGAAGGAAUUCUCGGCGCCGGCAGCCAACCUUCCUUGCGGGCAGGCGAGUGAUAAUGCGCACUUGUACAAUGAGAGGCUGCGCGUGCAGAACUUGUACAAGAGCCGGGAGAUCUUUAGCUAUGUAUUUUCGCGCCUGCCGGAGAGGGAGCGCAAGUGA